AUGAAAGGUGACGAAAACUUUGUCAAAAUACUUUUAGAUAAGAAAGCAAAGGUUGAUUGUGUUGAUGAGAACGACGUUACUCCAUUGAAUACGGCCUCUACUUUUGGAUUCAAAGAUAUAACAGAAAUGCUUUUAAAAGGAGGUGCAAAAUUGAAUAAAUUUGAUAACAACGAAAAAUCUCCUUUGAUUAAUGCUUUAGAAAAUGGACAUAUUGAUGUUAUUGGACUGUUGAUGCAAAAAUUAAACCAAAAAUCCAUGGAUUUAAACCACAGUGAUGUUGAUGGAAGAACUCCUCUUUUUGUAGCUGUGGACAAAUGUUACUUUGACACAACAAAAAGACUUGUGAAACUAGGAGCAGAUGUAAAUGUGUUUGAUAGUCAGGAGAGAACACCCUUGUAUUUGGCAGCAGAACACAACUCACUUGAACUUGUAAAAUAUUUAAUCGAAAAAGGAAGCCAGUCCUUGGUAAACAAAGGAGAUGAAAACCAUAAAACACCUUUACACGUGGCUAUAGAAAAGAAUAACUUGGAAAUGGUUGAUCACCUGGUGAAAUAUGGAGCAGAUGUGAAUUCUUGUGAUGAUGACAACAAGACACCAUUACAUGUGGCUAUUGAGAAUUUCCAAAACAGUGAAAUAUUAGAAUAUUUACUGAGAAGGGGUGCUAGAGUCGACAUACCUGGAAAUCAACGAAUUCAAUCUCCUUUAUUUUUAGCAAUAACAAUGAAAAACACUGAAGCCUUUGAUGUUUUAGCAAGAAGCAAAGCUGAUUUGAACAAGAUGGAUGACAGAAGGAGAAGUUUAUUGUGCUAUGCUGUAGAAAGUAACGAGGAAAGGAUAGUCAGAAUCUUACUUCACAAGAAAGUAGAGGUCAACACAGCUGACGAACCUAACAAAAUGACACCUUUGCAUUAUGCAGCUGAUAAGAAUCUCUACGAUAUUGUGAAACUUCUAGUCAAAGAGCAUGCUAAUAUAAAUGCAACUGAUAGUUGUGGACGAACCCCUCUUCACAUUGCAUCGAGAAAUGGAAAUUUUGAAAUAGUUGAACAUUUGGUUCGAAAUGGAGCAGAUGUUAAUAAAGCGGACUUUGCAGGUGAUGGUCCCUGGGAAUAUGCCUUUGAAAAGCAUAGAAAAGAGAUUAUGAUGUAUCUUGCAAAAAGGGGAGCCCAUCUAAGAACUGAAAAAACUUCACUUAUCUACACUAGACAAAAUUCCUAA